GGAGGUGGCGGCAGGUGGCCCCGCGCGCGGCGGCCGGCCCGGCCGGGGGCGGGCGGGAAGGUGGCGCCUCGGGCGGGGGCCGGUCCCUGCACCAGGUGACCUGUUCCGGCCCGGAUCCGGGCGGCCUCGCCAUGCAGCGGCGCGGCGCGGGGCUCGGGUGGCCGCGGCAGCAGCAGCAGCAACCCCCGCCGCUCGCGGUCGGCCCCCGGGCCGCAGCCAUGGUCCCCCCGAGUGGCGGCGUCCCCCAGGGCCUCGGCGGCCGCUCUGCCUGCGCGCUGCUCCUGCUCUGCUACCUGAAUGUUGUACCAUCUUUGGGUAGGCAGACUUCCCUGACGACAUCAGUGAUACCCAAAGCUGAGCAGAGCGUGGCUUACAAAGACUUUAUUUAUUUUACUGUCUUUGAAGGAAAUGUUCGCAACGUUUCUGAAGUCUCGGUUGAGUAUUUAUGCUCUCAGCCUUGUGUUGUCAAUUUGGAAGCAGUUGUUUCAUCUGAGUUCAGAAGUAGCAUUCCCGUGUACAAAAAAAGGUGGAAGAAUGAGAAACAUCUUCACACCAGCAGGACACAAAUAGUACAUGUGAAAUUUCCAAGCAUUAUGGUUUACAGAGAUGAUUAUUUCAUCAGACAUUCCAUCUCUGUAUCUGCAGUGAUAGUACGCGCCUGGAUUACUCACAAAUACAGUGGCAGAGACUGGAAUGUUAAAUGGGAGGAAAACUUGCUCCAUGCUGUAGCAAAGAAUUAUACCCUCCUGCAGACCAUCCCGCCUUUUGAACGCCCUUUCAAAGAUCAUCAAGUGUGCCUUGAGUGGAACAUGGGUUAUAUUUGGAACCUUCGGGCAAACAGGAUUCCACAGUGUCCUCUGGAAAAUGAUGUGGUUGCCCUGCUUGGCUUUCCUUAUGCCUCCAGUGGAGAAAACACAGGCAUUGUCAAGAAGUUCCCGAGGUUUCGGAACCGAGAGCUGGAGGCCACUCGACGCCAGAGGAUGGAUUACCCAGUGUUUACUGUUUCAUUGUGGCUUUAUUUACUCCAUUAUUGCAAGGCCAACCUCUGUGGGAUUCUGUACUUUGUUGACUCUAAUGAGAUGUACGGCACACCUUCUGUAUUUCUUACGGAAGAGGGCUAUUUGCAUAUUCAGAUGCAUCUUGUCAAAGGGGAAGACCUUGCUGUAAAAACUAAAUUCAUCAUACCUUUGAAGGAGUGGUUUCGACUGGAUAUCUCUUUUAACGGAGGCCAGAUAGUAGUAACCACUAGCAUUGGACAGGAUUUGAAAAGCUACCACAAUCAGACCAUUAGCUUCCGGGAGGAUUUCCAUUAUAAUGACACAGCUGGGUACUUCAUUAUUGGAGGGAGCAGGUAUGUGGCUGGCAUUGAAGGGUUUUUUGGACCCCUGAAGUACUAUCGCCUUCGCAGUCUGCACCCCGCCCAGAUUUUUAAUCCCCUCCGUGAGAAGCAACUUGCUGAACAAAUCAAGUUAUAUUAUGAAAGGUGUGCUGAGGUUCAAGAAAUAGUAUCUGCGUAUGCAUCUGCAGCAAAGCACGGGGGCGAGAGACAAGAAGCAUGCCACCUCCACAACUCCUACCUGGACCUCCAGCGCAGGUAUGGGAGACCCUCGAUGUGCAGAGCCUUCCCCUGGGAGAAGGAGCUGAAAGACAAACACCCCAGCUUGUUCCAGGCAUUGCUGGAGAUGGAUCUGCUGACCGUGCCAAGGAACCAAAAUGAAUCUGUAUCAGAAAUCGGUGGGAAGAUAUUUGAGAAGGCUGUAAAGAGACUCUCUAGCGUUGAUGGUCUUCACCAAAUUAGCUCUAUCGUCCCCUUUCUGAUGGAUUCCAGCUGCUGUGGGUACCAUAAAGCAUCCUACUACCUCGCAGUCUUUUAUGAGACUGGAUUAAAUGUUCCUCGGGAUCAGCUGCAGGGCAUGUUGUAUAGUUUGGUUGGAGGCCAGGGGAGUGAGAGGCUAUCUUCAAUGAAUCUUGGGUAUAAACACUACCAGGGUAUUGACAACUACCCCCUGGACUGGGAAUUGUCGUAUGCCUACUACAGCAACAUUGCCACCAAGACACCCCUUGACCAGCACACACUGCAAGGAGAUCAGGCAUAUGUUGAAACAAUUAGACUAAAAGAUGAUGAAAUACUCAAGGUACAAACCAAAGAAGAUGGAGAUGUCUUUAUGUGGUUGAAGCAUGAAGCUACCCGAGGCAAUGCAGCAGCUCAGCAACGAUUGGCCCAGAUGCUGUUCUGGGGGCAGCAAGGUGUGGCCAAGAAUCCCGAAGCAGCAAUUGAGUGGUACGCCAAGGGCGCCCUGGAGACGGAGGAUCCUGCGUUAAUCUAUGACUAUGCCAUUGUGCUAUUCAAGGGUCAAGGAGUAAAAAAGAACAGACGGCUUGCCUUAGAGCUGAUGAAGAAAGCAGCUUCCAAGGGAUUGCAUCAGGCAGUCAAUGGCCUGGGAUGGUAUUACCACAAAUUCAAGAAAAAUUACGCCAAAGCAGCAAAGUACUGGUUAAAAGCAGAAGAAAUGGGGAACCCAGAUGCGUCAUACAAUCUUGGAGUCCUGCAUUUGGAUGGCAUCUUCCCUGGAGUUCCUGGAAGGAAUCAAACUUUAGCUGGUGAAUAUUUCCAUAAGGCUGCGCAAGGUGGACACAUGGAAGGGACCUUGUGGUGUUCUCUCUACUAUAUCACAGGCAACCUGGAGACAUUCCCUAGAGAUCCUGAGAAAGCUGUUGUAUGGGCAAAACAUGUAGCUGAGAAAAAUGGCUACUUGGGCCAUGUCAUCCGCAAAGGCCUCAAUGCCUACCUGGAAGGUUCAUGGCAUGAAGCUUUGCUGUAUUAUGUUUUAGCAGCAGAAACUGGAAUUGAAGUGUCACAGACAAAUUUAGCACACAUCUGUGAGGAGAGGCCAGACCUGGCCAGGAGAUACUUGGGCGUUAACUGUGUUUGGAGAUACUAUAAUUUCUCUGUUUUUCAAAUCGAUGCUCCUUCCUUUGCAUAUUUGAAGAUGGGAGACCUUUACUACUAUGGCCACCAAAACCAGUCACAAGACCUGGAGUUGUCUGUGCAGAUGUACGCCCAAGCCGCCCUGGAUGGAGACUCCCAGGGAUUUUUUAACCUGGCCCUGCUAAUCGAGGAAGGUACGAUAAUCCCACACCAUAUCUUGGAUUUCUUGGAAAUUGACUCAACUCUUCAUUCUAAUAACAUCUCCAUUCUCCAGGAACUGUACGAAAGGUGCUGGAGCCACAGUAACGAGGAGUCCUUCAGCCCCUGCUCCUUGGCCUGGCUUUACCUGCACUUGCGGCUUCUCUGGGGUGCUAUCCUGCACUCAGCCCUGAUCUACUUUCUGGGAACCUUUCUGCUAUCCAUAUUGAUCGCCUGGACUGUGCAGUAUUUCCAGUCUGUCUCAGACCCCCAGGAACAAAAUAUAACAGAGUAGUGCAAAAGUUUGUCCUCUCCAGCAAUCUCAUGGCAAAAAGGCUCGAAAGCACAACUGUGCAAAUAGAUUUGAAGACAUCCAUCAUGUCACUUCCACUGAGAUCCCACUGGCAAAAGCAAGUCACAUGGGUAAGUCAAAGUCAAGGGACAGAGAAGUGUAGGCUUCCCAUGGAAGUGGGAGGUGGGUUAUUUUCAACCUCCAUUUGUCUACACCAAAGCUGGAGCUGCUGCCUUGCAGCCUUCGCUGAAGCCUUCCUCCUGUGAAUUUCCCUGGCUCAUUGACUUGACCACUCCAUGAAACAGUUAUGUACUUUUGUCAUCUUGUCCAAGUCUUAGUUCUUUGGUAUUUGCUUUGUCUCCCCAAUAGAAUUUUUGCAUUAUUAAGGCAAGGGCAAUUCUGAGACACCCCCAGCAUUCGUACAAUGCUGACACAGAGAAAGUACACAGUAAGUCAUUGUGGAAGGACUGGUCAGGUGUAUUUUUUUCUAUCUUUCUACCGAGAAGCCUGCAGUAAGUGCCGCUGUGGGUAUCCUGGCAGAUUACAUGAAAACAAAUGCAAAAGAGCUGAGCUUGUACCUGUGGCCCCACAUUGCUGGAGGAAUUUGACAGCUCUUCAUUAUUUCAGAGGAUUUCUACCAGCAGGUACAGCUGGGUUAAUCAGCACCAUAUCCUUGCAGACUUAAUUAGCAGCUCCUUAUCAGAACUCAGCUUCUUAAUACCAGACAUUAAAAAAAAAAAGUUCCAAGCUUAUAUCCUUAUGUUCAGUUACUUCUCAUGCAAAUCUGAGACCAAAAUCUCACCUUCUAAAGAGAGUCAAGAGAUGAGAGUCAAAGUGAUUCAAAAAUGUCCUUUUCCUGGUCAGAUGAAGAUUAUACUAAUACUGAUUAAUUUGCAACCUCCAAUAUGGAAUAAUUCUAUUCAUUAUCUCAGAAGUAUUCUUUUUUGAUGGUUUCUUCUGGGCAUUCUACCACUCUAGUCUAGCCCCAGCUCCAGAAUUAGGGGGACACUGACCCCCAACAGGCAUUUUUCCCCUCUACUCCUUAGAAGUCCUCUCCUAAAUACAUCUGUACUUUUUGCAUCAGGGGUUUCAAUUACUUGGGCUCACCACAGACAGAUAGAAGGUAGUCAAAAGCAGAUACUUCAAGCACUAUCCAUCACAAUUGCCUUAGGUAUUUACUUUAUCUUUCUACAAGUCUAGGAAUAUUUUGAGGCCCCCUUUACUAUCGCUGAUGGACUCUACGGCUCAACAUUCUUUACAGACACAGGCUUUCGCGGAUUUCACGUUAUUAUUGGAUCAACAUUUCUCACUGUCUCCUCUGCCAAUUAAAAUUCCACUUUACAUCC